AUGUCUACUAGGCGACGUUCUUCGUCCACAAAUGCGGCCUCUAAUGCGAUUCCGGAGCCACGAUUAUCGGCUAGUUUACUACUUAUAAAUGCAAAUAACGAGGUUCUUAUGAUACAGAGGACAAAGGAGUCCCGGACAUUUGCUGGAAUGCAUGCGUUUCCGGGAGGGAAUUUUGACGGAUCUCAGGACGGGCCCGCGACGGAAGCUGGCUCUAUACGAAUGACGGCCGUGAGGGAAACAUUUGAAGAGACUGGGAUUCUGUUGGCCAGUCCAGGGCAAUCAGGGCCCAUUCCUGAUACAACUGUGCUCCUCAACGCCCGCAAGGCUAUCCACUCGAGGAACGACCCCUACACCUUUCCCGCCUUUCUGCAAGAACACAACCUGGUGGUCCAAGAAGUACUCGAGAAACUGAUUCCAUUCUCACAAUGGAUUACACCAGCUAGUGCAAAAGCACGUUUUCACACCCACUUUUUCGUGGCUUUCCUUGACGAGUUGCCAAAUACUGUACCCGCCAUCAGCGAUGUAUCUGCAGCAGCUCAACAGGAAAUCGAUCCCUCGUCUCCUACUGCCACUCUCCCGACUACGGAGCCCCACCGCGACGUAUUGCCAACGGACGACGGCAAAGUCGAAGUCCUCGAGACCUAUUUCCAGCAUCCUGCGAAGAUACUCGAGACAUUUGAACGAGGAGACAUAAGCUUGAUGCCACCUCAAUUCUACCUCUUGACGACGCUCAAGGAGCUUUUGGAGGGCAGCGCAGAGUCGAGUCUACAGUCCUCUCGAAGUCGGUUCCGCGAUAUCGCUGGACAGGCAUUUGGAGCCCGAGUGUUCAAUCCUCGGUUUGGUGGAACGGUAGAAGGGAAAGAUGGUGUAAAGCGUUCGGUCCUCAUGUACGAAGGAGACGAGGCGUACAAUGAUCCACCAUCUGCCACGGAGAGCUCGAGGCGUUGGCAUCGAAGCUUGGUGACAUUCCGGGAAGGAAGGAUUGCGACCAUCCAGCUGAUUCGAGAUAUUGAUGUUUCUAAACCACCAACCGUGGCAAAGCUUUAA